AUGGGGAAACAUGAUGGCUCGUGGACGUCCCACUGGAUCGAAAAACAAGGAGGCUCCGGUGAAGAGAACCGGUGGAAAGAAGACGAAAGAUCCGAAUGCCCCAAAGCGGCUAUGUCUGCUUUCUUCUUCUGGCUUAGGGAGAACCGCGCUCGCAUCAAGAAAGACGGUAUGGGUGUCGCUGAUGUCGCUAAAGCAGCUGGAGAAGAGUGGAGAGUGCUCAAGGAUAAAUCGAAAUGGGAAAAGUUGGCCGACAAGGACAAGCAACGCUACGAGUCUGAUAUGGCCGUCUACAAGAAGAAA